CCUAAAAGAAGACAGUCCUCUCAUAUUUGGUGCCAACUUUUCAGCUUUCUCUUGGAUUAAAACUCGAGACUUCCCGCCCUCUCAGCGCCAUGGAGAAAGUUCAGUACCUCACUCGUUCUGCCAUACGAAGAGCCUCAACCAUAGAAAUGCCUCAGCAAGCACGGCAGAACCUGCAGAACCUGUUUAUCAACUUCUGUCUCAUCUUAAUAUGUCUCCUGCUGAUCUGCAUCAUUGUGAUGCUACUCUGAAGUUCUGCUACAAGCUCCAGAUCUACAACUUCCCACCAGUGCCAAACCGGCCAUCCCACCAAGAGAGGAAAACCAACCAACCACCUCCUAAACACAAGAGUUUGUCUCUGAAAAGGCCAAGAUUGAGAGUAAAACAAAUUCUUAGCAAACAUAGUUAUCUGCCAGAUCCUGCAUCCAUGAAAAGGGCUUUGUUUUCCAAAAGUAACUUUAAAAUGACUAUAAGAAGUGUGUAUAUUGUAACUGCUGACUGCUUCAACACGGCUUAAGAAAUUUCCAUUCCAAAUUUUUUCUGAGGAUGAAGUAAGAGUUUAAUUUUGAAACAGCACUACUAGCAAGUUCACUUCAUAUGUAAGACAUUAGCUUCAUUCUUUGGGGUAAAUAUCAUUUAUCUUGCACUGUAAAAGCUUCUUUGAUGCUAAGUAUUUCCCCGGUCUCCAUUAAGUACCAAAAUAAUAAUUCAAAUCAAGUGUCAUUGCUCAAAACAGCCACUGAGGCCUCGUGUCCGUUAUCUUAUUAUUCUCACACAAAAGCGUUUGUAGUAACUUCCACACACUAAGGAAACUUUUUCUAUAUUAUUUCUACCAAAAUUUAACAAUUUUUCUAAGAUAAAAGUAAGGAAAAAUAAGGCCGUACAUAAAUAAAAUAGCCUUCAACUUUCUCAAAGAAAUACAGAACUCUAAUAAGCCAUAAAUAUGUUCUUUUGAGGACAUUAUGAUCAAAAGAUGAGGAUUACUGGGCAAUUUAAUAGGUUACAGUUAUCUAGCCAUCAAUACUAUUUAAAUAAAGUCUCAUGUUAAUUUACAGCAAUGUAGCAGAUGAUCUGUAAUACUUAACUUACCAUUCUGUAUGUUUGUAAUCAUGAAACGUUAAAACUUCACAAUAAUCUUAUAGGUUGUCUUUUACUCAGCCUCAUGCCCAGUAUGGGCAAAGACUAAAAGAUUUCUCUGAGAGAAAAAUUAAUUACUUCCAGCA